CUACCUCUCUCUUUACAGUUACGAGCUGAAGAUCGUUAGCACCAUCGUUACCUUCCUUCUUUCGUCACCGAAACUGUUCUUAUCAAAGCUUUUGUUUAAGAAGGAAUACGUUUUAUUAUUUUUUUUUUGAAACACCCAGCUUCCCGCAAAUUAAUUUCCUUGCUUAAAAUACAUAAAGAAAGAGAUAAAGGAACGAAAAUAAGGUCCAUAUUAAGAGGAACACCCUAUCCGUUAAACAACGUCUGUUCACUAAUUUGCUUCGGAUUAUACAGCACCUGUUAAAAAAAUUAAGCAAUUUCCAGCAAGUAUUUCAGGUUUACCUCUCCAGCCAAUCUCCUGGGUUACAAUCAAGGGCUGAGUACUAGACUUUAUUUCAUGGAUCCUCCUAGGUGGAGUGUUGGUAAAAUCUAGGUAUGCCCAUGGAUCGUCAGCAUGAAACUUGGCAGAUGGGAACCGAAGUUGUGGCCAGCUACAAGUUUCCAGGUGGCUCUUUGGAAGAUCUUCCAUUCAACAAAGGAGACAUUCUUACCAUUAUCAAGGCAACAAGAGACCCUAAUUGGUACCAAGCUAAAAAUUCAUAUGGCAGAGAAGGAAUGAUUCCAGCAAAUUAUGUUCAAAAGAGACAAGAAGUCUCCUUACAGACUAUGCCAUGGUAUCAUGGAAAAGUUAGCCGAGAAGAAGCAGAAUCUCUUCUGGCUGGACACAUGAUAGGGUCGUUCCUUGUACGAGAGAAUGGCCAUUACCCUGGGGAUUACACCUUGUCGCUAGUCAUCCCUGGGGAUGUAGUGGAGCACUAUCGUGUGCUACAGACUAACAAUAAGGUUGAAGUCGAUGGUGGUGAUCUUCAGUUCGAUACUCUACUGGAGUUAGUUGAGCACUAUGAGAAAGAUGCUGAUGGCUUGUGUACAAGACUUUCUAAACCACUUUGGAAAACCGGUAAUAAUUUUACAACAGUUAAUUUUAAGGAUUUUGAAAGAGGCGGCUGGGUAAUUAAUGCUGAAUUCCUUGAUAUUAAAGAACCUAUUGGUAAAGGAGAAUUUGGUGAUGUAUAUAAAGGCUGCUACAACCAACAGCUUGUUGCUGUGAAACAACUAAAAGACAGAAACAGAGCAGCGCAGACUUUUCUUAAAGAAGCAUCCGUGAUGACGUCAAUGAGACAUCCAAAUCUUGUGCAGCUUAUUGGUGUAGUGCUUGGAGAAAACAUUUUUCUUGUCACUGAAUUUAUGGGAAAGGGAAACCUUGUCGAAUACCUUCGAUCACGAGGGAGAAGUGUUAUCACUAAGAGGGACCAAAUAAACUUUGCAACAGAUACAUGUGCAGGAAUGGCAUAUUUGGAAGCCAAGAAUUUAGUUCAUCGGGAUCUUGCUGCACGAAAUGUUCUAGUUCAUGAAGAUGGUACUGCUAAAGUUUCAGAUUUUGGAUUAGCCAAAUUUGAGUCAUUUAGCCAGGAAGGGGGCCGAUUCCCUAUCAAAUGGACUGCACCUGAAGCUAUACGAAAAAAUGUUUUCACCAGUAAAUCAGAUGUCUGGAGUUUUGGUAUAUUAUUGUGGGAAAUAUAUUCGUUUGGCAGAGUGCCUUAUCCACGUAUUCCUCUUGCUGAAGUUGUACGACAUGUCGAAAGGGGCUACAGAAUGGAGACCCCAGACGGCUGCCCUCCUGAAAUAUACCGAAUCAUGCGACACACCUGGGAUAUGGAACCAAAUCAUCGGCCGUUGUUUCAGGAUAUCUUGAAUAUGUUGCACAAUUUACGUGCCACCACUGUGUGAAUGGAGAACUAAAUUAAAGGAAAAAAAAUUACAAAAAAAAAAAGAAAAGAAAAUCAAGCAAUUAAAACAAAAAACAAACAAACAAAAAAAAAGAAGAAAAAUACAGACAUUUGUUUUCUUCCUUCACCCCACUCCCACCUCCGCUCAUUCAUUGGUCUUCAUAUUAUUUUCUUGUCUUUUCUUAUAAUUUUUUUUUUUUUGUUUUAUUUUUAAAAAAUUUCUUUUCAAAACCAUCAAAUGCUGCUGCUGCAACUGAAAUUGUCGACACUACCCUCAAUACUGCUGUAGCCAACCAAAAUAUUCUUUCAUCUCUCAACGUGGAAUCUAAAUCAUCUUUUUUUUUUUCUCUUCUUGUUUGCCAGACGUUAUGACUAACCAUUUAACUAAUACACAAUUCAUGCAGUUGUUUGUGUCACUAUGUGCACAUCUGUAUCCUUAUAUGUGCAUGUAUGUGUGUUUUUAUGUGUGCUGACGGAUAUGUAACUAUAUUGAGUAUAUAUUCUUCUUCAUACACUCUUGCACACACAAACACACAUCAAUAUAACUGCAAGUAAUCUGUAUAUGUUUAUACUCUAUAUGCAUACAAUAUGUCCUUUAUAUGUACUUGUGUGUAUAUGAUGUUCAUCUCUGUGUUUGCAUUUAAAACUUUCUGUGAAAUAGUGUUUUUUUUUAAUUUGAAACAUUUCUCCCUCUUGUUAUCUCCCCUUCCACCUCUUAUUUCUGUCAUUUGAUAUUCUAGUGUAUCUACUACAUUCGCCCCUCUAUUACAGUACCCUUUUAAAAUCUCCCUUUUAUCACUUGUUAAGUUUAAUAGUAUCCCAUUGCCUAAAGUCUGGUUGGACUUUUAUCACUUUUCUCCACUUCAGCCCACCUAAAAAUGCCUCUUUCAGCAUUAUUGAUGAAAUAAACGACCAGUUAAGUACAAGGAUCUGUUUAAUUGACUAAUCUAUUUAAUUGGCUAAUCUCUCCUCUCAAAAUCUCAGGCAUUGCUCCUAAAUUAGAAACAUUUACCUGACUACAUUACACUCUUUCCCUUAGCAUGUUCCAAUCCUAUUUCAAUUAUUUCUAUUUAUCCCUAUUUGCCCUCUACCCCCAAUGUUUCUAAUAGAAUGUCCCUAUGUAAUCCCUUCCUACAGAUGUUUCUUUUGUAAGCUCCUUACCUAGUAUUCCAACACUGUUUCUGUUAAUAUACUCUUUGAUUCUAUACAUGUCAUCAUAGCCCCUUCCACCACGCCAUUAUCUAUCUACCAUUACCCCACCUCCACUCCACCAAAAUUGCUUUAGUUUCUUUAAUUUUCAUUAUUAUAUUUUUAAUAAAAAAUAGCCUUUUUUUCGUUAAACAAAAAGCAAAGAAAUCAAGUUCCAAAUGAAAAAGAAAAAAAAAAGACAUUCAUUGACCAUGUUUUUUUUUUGUUGUUUUUUUUUUUUUUCAAAUUCUUGUCUCUUCUUUCAACCAAUGUUGUGACUAUCUAGAGUACAUCUAGAAUACAUCUGGUGUUAAUAUUGUGCUGCAUUCAGAACCAAUGCAGUAUUCACUUUGUUUGCAUCUAAAUUACUUCUGGUGUACAUCUGGUGUACAGCAGUCACUGGCAUAUUCCAAAAGACUUCAAGCCAGUUCUUCACUUUUGCUGUGUCUUCAAUGUGACCCCCACCUCUCUCUCUAUCUCUCUUUUUCUCUCUCUCUCUCUCUAUCUUUCUCUCUCUUUCUCUCUGCUGUUUGGUGUUGCAUGCUACCAUUGGCUCUCUAAUACCAACUUAUCACGGCUGCUAAUAUUAUUAAAAAAAGAAAAAAAUUUUUAAAAAAAAGACUGCCACAACCAUCACCACUACUGCUGCUACUACCACCACCACUUCUAUCACAACUGCUAAUGUUAACAUCACCACUUUUAUAUCCACACCAAACGCAGGGUACUUUGCAAACAAGAAGACACUUGGCAUAUUUGUGGCAUUGGUCAUAUGGAGGUAAAGAAAAAAAAGCUUACACGUCACUCGGAAAUGAAGAAAUUGUCAUAUAUUGACACGAUUAUUGAAAAAUUUAAGCAAAUGGACAUUAAAGCUAUUUUAACAAUUUUUAAAA